AGAGCGCGAGGGAGAGGAGGGGGAGUGUAUAAUUUGUGCAUGUGAGAGUGAGAAGGAGCCCGAGCGAGAGUUGUAUAAUCUGUCCAUUUUGUGUCUCCCUGCGUCUCUUUGUGGCCCCCUGGUUUCCAUGCGUCACGGGAGUUUAUAAUAAGGAAGGACCUGUGAAAAGUUGUGGACUGAACGGAACCGGGGGAACUCCUCCCGGUGACACACAGAGAGUCAGAGCAGGAGCAGUCCUCGCAUGUCUUUCAAGGCUGGAGCGGAGCUCGGAUUUGGACCCAAAGCAUCCCUGAGUGUGCGGGAGACUUUUGGAGCAUGCAGCUCGGUUCGCUGAUCAGGCGGCGCCGCGUAGGUCCAGACAAGCUUUUGAGGCGGAGCCUGUGGAGGGGGUGUGGUCCCCCUGGGGGGAGUGGUCAGAAUGUUCUCAAACUUGCGGCGUAGGCGUCUCACAGAGAACGAGGAAGUGCUUGGCCCCUCCUCCUCCUCCUCAGACCCGCCCCUUCUCCCCACCCAACUGGGCAGGGUAUGUCCCCGGACGCUCUGCGACCUCACCCGUGAGCCCGUACUACCAUUCCCGUUACCCCGGGCAACAUCCGUCGUAUCACUCUCCGUUGGUCUCCGCCAAUAACAAUGCGGGAUUGCCCCUGUAUGUGAACUCACCUGCUGCUGCUCCAGGACAGCCUGCUCGCUCACCUCCCUUUUAUCACCCAGAAUUUCCCUCGGCCAAUCAGGAUGCAGCUUCUUCUUACCGCUCUCCCUACUAUGUGCCUUCGCAAGGCUACAACCAGCCACCGAGAGUCUUUAGGAGGCCACCAAACCCAGGAGCAGAGAGAGCUGGAGCCGGCGGGAGCAGACGCUCAGUCCCGACCAAUCGGGAGGUUUCUACUUCAAGGAGACCUUCCGGGAUCCGUCCAGGUCAGUUUGGAUACGGCAAAGUUCCCUUCUCUCUGUCCCUGCAUCGGACCAACAGGCAGGCUCGCCACACGGUUAACAGCACCGAGGAGAACAUCGUGGCAGAAGAAGAGCAGAGGGGAGGAGAUGAAGAAGUCAACCAGGCGGCGAGGGAUGAGGAGGAAACAGGAGAGAUCAGUGACACGAAGGAGGAACCUGAAACAACCACUGACAGGCCCCGCCCACACGUGGACCCGAGAUCACACCCCCACACUGACCACGGCAGAAGCAGAGUCGCGUCCCGUCUCCCCGUCUCCCGCUCCCAGCCCCCCUUCAACCACCACCACCCUCGCUUUGACUGGAGCUCAGUCACCGCUCCCCCACCGCCCGUUCACUCCUUCUCCCGCUCUCGUUCCUCACCUUAUGCCUCACCUCUCCACCGCCAGAGCCAAGCGCACCGAGACAGGGAGCCCCACGCAGGCUUCAGCCCCCAGGCCCCGCCCGCAGGAAACGGCUACCCUUUCCAGCACCCGCAUGCGUCGCACCUGGGGGUCGAGUCGGGCAGACACGGAGCUUCUCAGGUGUACAAAUGCUCAGGGCCUGAGAAGGAGUACCGCAGAUGCUUCUCUCAGGUGUGCGGAGGAGGAGGAGCGCUGGACUCCAGAGCAGAGCAGUGUGCGGCCUUUAACGCCCAAGAGUUCAUGGGUCGCUUCUACAACUGGGAGCCUUUCACUGAGGUUGGUGAGGACAAACAGUGCGAGCUGACCUGCAGACCUGCUGGCUAUAGAUUCUACGUCCGUCAGGCGGAGCGAGUCAGAGACGGGACGCCCUGCUUCAAUGUCAGCACCAACGAUGUCUGUGUAGAAGGACGAUGUCUGUCGGAGGGCUGUGACGGGGUGCUGGGCUCCAGCACUGUGAUUAACAAGUGCGGAGUGUGUGGUGGGCAGGACUCGUCUUGUCGAAAAGUGACGGGAAGCUUCCAAAAUGCCACCGUCACCCUUGGUUACCACAAGAUCCUGGACAUCCCAGCCGGAGCCAGACUCAUUAACAUCACGGAGAGACGAUCCAGCCCCAACUACCUCGCUCUGAGGAGCGGCACGGGGGCAUCAGUGGUGAACGGGCGCUGGGCCGUGGACCCGCCGGGAGAGUAUAAGGCAGGUGGAACCACUUUCACCUACAUCCGACCCAGAGCGCAAUCGGAGGGGAAGGAAGGGAGAGGAGAAUCCCUGAGGGCUCCAGGACCCACCACAACACAGCUGCAGCUCUAUGUUAUUUUCCACAAAGACAACCCGGGCAUUGACUACGAGUUCUACAUCCCUGUGGAGAAAAAGCCAGAGAAGGAAAAGCUGACAGAGAGGGAACGGGAUCCCCCGCUGGAGAUACCCAGAGAGAGGCCACGGGAGCGGGACUCGGAGAGGGCACCCCUUCGCAGUCCCCUGACUGUAUCAAUAGAGGACCCACCUCCUGCUUCUCCUCCUAUUUCGGGCCCUUCUUUUCCCUCCUCCUCCUCCUCCUCCUCCUCCUCCUCCUCGUCUGUAUUUUCUCAACCGUCUUCAGAGCGCUGGACACCUGAGAGGACGCGGCAACGAGGCUCAGCGCCAAACAGGAACGCGCGGAUCCCUCCCCGCACUGACCUGCCCCCCGACACUCAGCUGCCGUUUGUGUGGAGGACAGGUGGCCUCACGCACUGCUCUGCCUCCUGUGGCAAAGGUUUUCAGCAUCGAGCCGUCAUCUGUGUAAAUCGCCAAACAGAUGAAGAAGUCCCAGAGAGGAAGUGUGACUCGGCAGCCAAGCCUGUUCCUGAGGAGGAGCCGUGCAACACACACCCCUGCCCACCAUUCUGGGAGGUCAGCGCGUGGUCGGAGUGCAGUGUGUCUUGCGGGCCGGGCGUGCAGCAGCGGCAGCUCCAGUGCAGGCAGAGCUUUGGAAACCGCUCCACCAUGGUCCACCCUCAGCGCUGCGCUGGUCUCACCAAACCAACGUCCACACAGGCCUGCCAGCUCCAGCUCUGCUCCCACUGGGAGGUCGACUCCGACUGGAGCACGUGCUCAGUAGACUGCGGGAUGGGAAAACGGACCAGAAGUGUGCGCUGCGUCAGUGAUCAAGGCGGUGUGGUGAACGACAACGAGUGCAACUCCAGGGUCCGCCCACAAGGAAGCGAGGAGUGCAAUAUGGGCCCCUGUGUCACCAACUGGUACUUCACCGACUGGUCCAACACUUGCUCGGCGCAGUGUGGCCCUGGGGUGCAGAAGAGAGAAGUGGUGUGCCUCACAAGAGGUGGGGUCAGAGAAGGGGAAGGAGGAGGGGACUGCGUCGCCGAAAAACCAUCAGAGCUGAAGGCCUGUAACAGCGGUCCCUGUGUGCCAACGCUCAUGUGGUUCAGCAGUCCUUGGACAAAGUGUAACGUUCCGUGUGGGGAUGGAACCCAGCGCCGAGACAUCGUUUGUGUGAAGAAAAUGGGAAAUGACUUCACAGUUGUGCCCGCCGCUGAGUGCGCUCAUCUAGAAAAGCCCGUCGCAGUCCAAGAGUGCCAGAUGGGAGAGUGUCAGUCAUCUUGGUUCACAACAGAGUGGAGCGCGUGUUCGCGCUCCUGUGGGAGGGGCUUGCAGGUGAGGGAGGUGCGGUGUCUUACACCAGACAGAAAGCACAGCCAAGCGUGCGAUGCCAGCAGCAAACCCGAACAGGAGCAGGCCUGCAACACAAUACCCUGCGGCCCGCAAGUCACAGAUAAAAACUGCAGGGACAGACGGGAUAACUGCAUGAUGGUGGUGCAGGCCAGAAUGUGCGUGUACCCCUACUACAAAACCGCCUGCUGCGCCUCCUGCACACAGAGCGCUCAGCGGGCCAAGAGACAAUGAGCAGCAGGAAUGAGCAAGAAUGAGCUCAGAAUGCCUGAUGACCCCUGAGAGGAGGAGUCUUUAAAAAUGGACUUGGCAUUCAGAUAACAUUUAGCUCCUUUUUUUCCUGACUCUUCAGGUAAAAAUAUGUGAAAGCAGCCAGCUCCUUCUUCCACAAGUCAGUUGAAUCUAAUUAAAUCUCCACUCUUUUUAUUUUCUUCUACAACACAUUUACUACGUGUAUUAACUGAUGGAGCCUGUUGAUCUCUUGGAAGCUCUCGUCUCUGGCUGUUAAAUGAAAGUGCACGCUUAGGCUGUGUUUCAAGAGCAGAUUUAGCUGCUAUUUAGAUCCCAGCAAAUCCAAAGGAUCUUGAAUUUAGAUCAGUCUGACAUGCAUACUACUACUCACAAAUCGUUACCACAUGAGCUGAAGGUCUCCUGGAGCAGAUCUGUCCACGCAGCCCCCCCCCACCAGCCGAGCUAGAAGGAUCUAUUUACAUGUCGUACUGUUUGCCAAAAAGAUUUCCUCAAGUGUCCUUUAAAUCAGUGUUUGUACAGGUGAACCAAAGGGGUGUGUUGACCAAAACAGGCUGCGGGGAUGGAGCUGUUAAAUAGAAAGUGGGAUUGAUAUGGAUGUUAAACGGCACAACCUCUAGCAAGAGAAAGAUGGUUUAGUUCUUGAACCACAAAGGUUUUUUAUUUGUAAAGAAGGAAACAAAUAGGUUAAGUCAGUAAUGUUAGAGAAGGUUUUUUAUAAAAAGUUCAAUCCUAAAAUGUUUUUUAUUUUUGGUAGAUGUGGGCAUGGGCACCUUUCAGUCAUCAAAUGGCACGUAAAGGAUUUUAAAAAUAACCACCUCCUCUGCUAGAAGAGACUAUUGACUGUAUAAUAGAACUGGACUGAGUGAGUGUAACAUCAUCCGCUUACUUCUGGCUCCAGCAAAAUGAAGCCUAUUUAGCCACCAUUUUUCUGUGAAUGUUGUCAUGUUGGGGCCAGAAAAGUUUGUCGGUUUUUCUUUCCAGUUCUUCUAUAUUGUCAAUGGAAGAGACAAGUGUUUUUCAAAGUAAAAGCAGCAAGUUUUAUCAGCUUUUUGUUCCUCUUUGAAUGUGUUUUUUUUCUUUUUGUAAAAGAGACCAUUGACUGUAUGAAAGAACUGGACGGAGCAAGUGUGACGUCAUCCCUUCUUACUUCUGGCUCCAACGAAAUUAAGCCAGUUCAGUCGCCAUUUUUCCAUGUUGCCAUGUUGGAGCCAGACGACGUUAGUCGGUUUGAGUCCCUCUGAUCAAGUCGUUUCUAUGGCAACUGCUCAUGAGUGAGCUUGUUCAAAGUCCCCGCCCCUUCCACUGAAAGCAGCUUGAGAGAAUCUGUCAAUGAAACGUUCAAUCAAACAUGCUUUACUGAGGCAUCUGAUUGGCCAGUUCAUAAUUUGAAAACUUGUGAUAAAAUAAAAAAUAUUUUUUAAAAAUUUGUUUAGCAAGAAAGUGUCAAAGCCAGAAAUUGUUAUUCUGACAAGUAUAAUGACUGUCUAUUUUUCAGUAAAAGUCUAUGGGAUUUUGGCUUCUUGGCGCCAGCAGGUACAUCCUGUUUGGAACGCCAGGGGGGGGAGGGGUCGCUCAUUCCAGUUCUUAAAUACAGUCAAUGGAGGAGACAAGUGUUUUUCAAAAUAAAAGCAGCAACUUUAAGUUUAGACUUCACUUGCUAGCUCGCUGUUACUUUUAAUGUAUUUUUACAAUUAAAAAAUAAGCACAGCUUUUAACUUGACUGUCAUAACAGCCUUAAAACUAUCACCUUCUUGGAAGAAAAUGUUACAAAUUGGUCCUCUGACUGACUGUACAUCCAGAAUCAGAAGACUGGACAAAGACAGGAUUUUACUAUGUCAGAUGAAAAAUGCAUUUAUCUUAAAUCCUGCUUUUGACUGAUAUAUUUUGCUUAUUGAAGGGGCAACUUCUGUAUAUGUGUGUAAUUAUCCUUUUAAGUCCUUUUCGCUUGCCUUUCCUUCACACAUGGAUGCACACUCAGUCAAGUUUCAGGAAUCUGUAUAUUUGCCAAGUAACUUUGAAUGUUCAUAAUUUCUUGUAUGUAACUAAAAAUACUUGGUGUAGGCUCACGCAUUCGUAUCUGUCGUUUAAUCGUUGAAUUUCUUAUAAGAAGCUUUGUGACGUCUAAUUGUGCUCUGGAUUUAUGAAUGUUUUUGUGCGUCUCUGUAUAGUUAUGUGCCGCACAGCUGUGGCUUUGAAUGUCUCUGUUUUGUUUCUACAACCUUGUAGUAUAAAUUACAUUUUAUAAGUAUAUAAACAAAAGGAUAGUAAUUUAUCUAUGAUAUGAAGAGCAUGUAAUUUAUUUUUAUUCUUAGGAAUUUUUGUUACCACCAGAGUUUAUGUCAUUUUUUUUAUCAUAUCGAAAAACGGAAAAGCAGCGUGCAUAAAAUUAUUAUCUUAAAGCUUCAUUUUAAAUAAAUCUGAAAUUACAGAGAAAUGUGUUGAUGUGUUAUAUUUAUUUUGCUCUUUGAAGGGGAAGUUGCAUUACCAUUUUUGUCCAAAGAGGGGCACCGUUGAGUCUAAAAAAGACCAUAGAUUAGUAGAAAAUGUAAAUAUUUGUUCAUAAAUUAUAUAUUUAAUAACCACAUAUAAGUGGCUUUGCAGUAUGUGUUUAGUUAAGUAGGAAAGGAUCAGAAAAA